AGUGGAUAUACCGGGAAUGGGAUCUUCAGCGAGAGCUAAGAAAAACUUUAAAUUUUUCCGCGUUUAUGCCCUUCAGAGACUCCUCUUUAUCUUGCGGGAAUAAUUGGGAGCAAACAAAAGCAAGACAUUAUAUUCCAAUGUGAAGAAUCGUAGUAUAGCCUAUAGUUGAGAGUGAAAGAAGUUUCCUGAAAAGAAAUAGGAAUGGGAUAAAUUCUGUAAACAAGAUUAGCCUACAUAAAAAUAAAUUUAAUAUUCGGAAACUUUCCCUAAAUCAAUUUUACAGAUUUUUUAAAAUUAGCUUAAGUAUAUUAAUCAAAAUUAAUACUUGUUUAAAAAACUGUGCGUUAAAGUGUUAUUAAUUAGGCAAAAAAAAAAAUCAACUAUAGGGCCAUAGUCAGUGAUAUUUUAGAAGCCGAUUAUUUUCCUAAAGGAGUUGCGCGUGUGUAUGGAGAGUGGCGCCGACACCUGUGCGUGUUCACCAUGGCGAAGUGGUUUAAAGAUUUUCCAACUAGUUUGAAGACUGGAUCCGACCGGACCCGUUCUGCUUCGGAAUCGGGAACUCAGUCCCGUCCCAAACCGGUUCUGACGGUCGGUACUGGUUCGAAGGGAAGUAAAAAUUCUGGAGCGGAAAACGGUGGCAGUGGUGGUGGUGGUGUGGGUUCGCUGCUCCACGGGAGAAAUCGUAAAAAUUCGGCCAUCGAGCUGGGACGGAACCACUCCAGCACCGGCUCGAUAAAAGACGGGAAGAUAUGGGAGAUUCUGAUCCCUGGGAAAAGUAAGAAGAACACCAAAAUGGAGGGGUUUGAAGACCAUCGCACCCUGCGGACCACCAGUCUUGCUGACGCGUACACGAGCAGAAUGAUCAAGGUUAAUGAUCCCAAAUCCAGUGUAGGAGGAUCAUCUCCAGACAGCGAGAGGGCCAAGUCACCAAUCAGGACAGAAACGAUCAUCCUGGAGGAUUAUGCUGACCCAUUUGAUGCUGAGAAAACGAGGGAACAGAGAGAGGCUGAAAGAGAAGGAGAGAAUGAUGGCUACAUGGAACCUUAUGAUGCCCAGCUCAUUAUUACAGAGAUUCGCCGACGAGGCUCGAAGGACUUGCUGAAAGUGUGUGUAGUGUUGAAUGGAGGAGAAAGUGAGGGGUCUGGACCUCCUCAGAUCUAUGAUGUCCCAUAUGAGGAGGUUCUGGAGGGAAUUCCCUUGACCCGACCUGAGUCCGACCCCAGACCACCAGCAGAGUAUGAGUUGCCCUGGGAGUGGAAGAAGGAGCAGAUUGUUAGAGCACUGUCAGCUCAGUUUGAUGGAAUAGAGCGCAUGUCGAAGGAAGAGUCAGGUUCUCCUACUGUAAAACAGCAGACACUGAGACAUAAGAGCUGGACCCCUAAAACCCUUCGACUGAAUCCCCCGUCCCCGACUUCCCCUUCAUCUCCCAGCACCACCCCAGACAGUGAGACACCAAUAGUUGAUCCUACCCUGCCCUUGGAGAAACAGAGCUGGUAUCAUGGCAGUGUGAGUCGUCAGGAGGCAGAGGCUCAGCUGCAGCACUGUAGGGAGGCCAGCUUCCUUUUGCGAGACAGCGAAUCAGCUACCAGCAAAUACUCCAUCGCCCUCAAGACGAGUCAAGGAUGUGUGCACAUCAUCGUAGCGCAGACUAAGGAGUGCGGCUACACACUGGAAAAAAGCAGCUGUGUGUUCCCAAGCAUCCCAGAAGUGGUGCACCACUACUGUACCCAGCGCCUACCUUUUACCGGGGCAGAACACAUGACCCUACAGCACCCUGUGCCACGCACACACUAAACACACACACAUGCUGAACUUAUACAUAUUCACAGCAUUCUCUGGUAUAAAGACCUGAAUGUACAAUACCGUGGUGCCUGCCAAUCACAUGCCAGCAAAACACAGCUUAAAAUUCUUUGUCUUACUGUACGUAUGUAGAAGUGCUCAUGGAAAUGAUUAGUAGAAUUUUAUGUAUUUGUGUUUUCACCCCUUUGAAAACGUCUCAGGUUACUUAUGUAACCAUGG